AUGGCCGCGGGCAGCAAGAAGGCUAAGGCCAAAGACAAGAAUGGCAAGGCAGCCACCAAGAAGGUUAAGAAGGGGAAGAGCCCAGAGGUCACAGAGACACAAACAACUACAACUACUCCUGCUCCUGGCAGCCCGGAACUUACGGCGCAGGAACCAGAGCAAGUAAAAGAGCAAGAGCCUGCUGUUGACAAUACAGACGUCGAAGUAAAGACGCCACUUCCUGUAUCAGCAUACGAGGUAUUCGACGACGAGACUAAACCUCAAGACACCGCCAACCCUGUCGCAGAGCAAGCACCACCUGUACCUGACAAUCCUGUGUCAGCAUACGAGGUAUUCGACGACGAGACCACACCUCAAGACAGCGCCAGCCCUGUCGCAGAUCAAGAACCACUUGUAUCUAACAAUCCUGUAUCAGCAUACGAGGUACUUGGCGACAACACUGCACCCCAAGACGUCCCCGUCGCCGACCCUGUCGUGGACUCACAAUCGCCUGUACUCGAAAACCCCGUGUCAGCAUACGAGGUGUUCGACGAGGAAACUGCACCCCAAGAGAUCUCCGACCCUGUCGUGGAUCAAUCAUCACCUAUAGUCAACAAGCCUGUUGACGAAGCACUACCCUUGGACGAGCCAAGAUCAACCCAGCCUCCUGUUGACGACACUGAGAUCAAAGAGCCGCCCGUGGAAGAAGCAAUCUCGACUCAGCCUCCCAUCGAGGAAACCGAAACCAAAGAGCUGCCCGUGGAAGAAGCAAGUUUGUUCCAGCCUCCCAUCGAGGACCCCGAAGCAAAGGAGCCCUUGGAAGACCAUACCAAGCAAGAUCAACCAACACAACUCGAGCCCUCUGAAGAGACGACUGUAGUCUCAUCACCACCGGCAGACCCAUUCUCCCCUGUGGCCGCCUGUGUCCCAUUGCCUUCACCAUCCUUGACUGAAGCACGGUAUAUGUCAAGUCCUUCCCAGGAUAACCAACUUUAUUAUCCUGGACCAUCAGCGUAUUCCCCUUACGCUUCACCCGUCCCCUACUCUGCGCCAGCACCGUACGGGUCACCAAACCCCUACGCUUCGCCAAACCCUUACGCUUCGCCAAACCCUUACGCUUCGCCAAACCCCUACGCUUCGCCAAACCCCUACGCUUCGCCAGUGCCUUACGCUGCCUCCCCGGUGCCGUACACUUCGCCAAACGCCUACGCUUCUCCGGUACCCUACGCUUCACCUGCACUCUACGCUCCAGUGCCGUACGCUGGUUCCCCGGCGCCUUACACCUCAUCCACACCUUACGCUGGCUCUCCGGUGCCUUACAGCUUACCGGGACCCUACGCUGGUUCACCGGCCCCUUACGCCUCACCAGUAGCUCACACUGCCUCGCCGGUGCCCAAAGUUAGCAGCCCACUUGCACGUUCCCAUUACCCUCAAAUGUCUCCAACUAUGUCACCAACUGCAACUCCUCCACCUCAGAACCCACCAUCUGCUCCGAUGGCUCCUUCAGAAGCGCCUUCCAUGGCCCAGAGUGGACCGUAUGCUCUGCAAUCUCCCGUCAUGAGCUCUGCCGGAAUGAUACCUCCUUAUGGGCAUUAUUCUCCUCAUCACCAAUCUGAGGCCCAUUAUAUGAACCGGAGCUACAGCAUCCCAGACCCAUCAUAUUCAGCAUCAUAUCAGGCCCUUCAAAAUCUGUCCAUGGGCAAUGGCCAUCCCCUUGAGAAUGGGUCUCCCCCAGAAAACGACAGUGAGCACAUUGAGCUUCUUCAACGCAUCCAGUCGGCCAUUCCAGACAUCAACCGUCUUCUUCAUGGGUUCCGCAACACCCACAGCAAGCUCUCGAACCGGGAGGCUGAGAUGAAGCACAUUGGAAGCCAGCACGACCAAGCUCUGAUGCACAAAGACUACUACAUUGAAGCCCUGCAAGCUCAAAUGAAGAAGACUGCCAAUGAAAGUGCCGAAGAAGACGCCAAGUUGAAACAUACCAUCAGUGAGCUGCGUCUCGAACUCGGAGAUCUGCAAGAGAAGCAGAAGGACCUUGAAGAUGGCUUAGCUGUCCACCAGAAGUCCAACGAGGAGCUUUCUGAAACCAAGGGUCAACUCGAGGGACAAAUCAGCCAACUCAAUGAAAGCAUCAAGGAGUCAAAUGAAGCCCACGAGAAAGCGCUGGAGACUCAUAAGGAGGAACAGGACAAGGCUCUUGUGGCACAGAAAGAGGAGCUCACUGAAUUGUUCGAGGAGAUCAAGGCCGAGGACGAGAAAACGGCAGCCGAGAAUCUGGAGACUCGUGAGCGUGAACUUCGCAGUGCACACGAAGCUAGUCAAGGCGAAUGGGAGAAAGAGAAGGCCCAAUUGCAGGAAUCCUUCGAAAUCCAGCGCACCGAGCUGGAGGCCACCAAGACAGAAGUGACAUCCCAGAUCGCUGCUUUGGAAUCCAAGGAGACCGAGUUGCAAACCCGACUCACCGAACUCACAUCGACACGUGAGGAACUAGCAGCCAAGCUGGCAGAGCUGGAAGAAACCCACCAGAAGAACGCCCGGGAAUUGGAAGAACUUCGACAAGGCCAUGCCGGUGAAUUGGACUCCCUGCGACAAUCCCACGACGAACAAGUCGCUACUGCUGCCAAAGAAUUGGACGAGAAGAUCGCGGCUCUGGAAGCUCACUUCAAUGAGAAGGAGCAGCUCUGGACCGCGGAGCGCGCUGCCAUGGAGCAUCAACUCUCCGAGAAAAACAGCGAACUUUCCAGUGCUGAGCGAGAGAAGGAAAGGUUGGAAGGAGACAAUAUUGUCAAGGAGCAGCACCUUCAGCGUGCAGUGGAUGGGAUGCGAAUGACCAUCGAUAACUUGGGUUCGGAUUGCGACAGGCUGAGAAAGACACUGUCCAGCCUGGGAGAGGCGACUGACCUCAGAAACACCAAGGGCGAUCAAUUCUUCUUGGACUGCUUCACAGAGCUCUCGCAGCUCAUCCACAAUCUAUCCAAAGAGCACUUCGGAUAUCUCCCCAUCGAUCCCCCCAAAGACAUCCUUUCCAAGAUUCCAUCCGAACUUCCACCUUUCCUUGACAACACCCCAGCCUCCCGCGAACUCCGAUGUGCCUAUAUCCAGCACAUCAUCUCAAAAACCCUAACCUUCCGCGUCUUCCAACCCUUCCUCUUCACCCUGGGCCGGCGAUACGACAAAGCCGACACAUUCUUCCAGAUGCUAUCCAUGGACAUCCGACGCAAGUCCGUCCGCCGCGAGGCAUUCUGGCGCCAACAAACCCUAAAAGCAGCCUACACGACCUCCGACGCAAAACAAUCAAUCAACGUAGCAGCAGCCGUCAUCGUCGACGAAAUCAUCGACCACAUCAAGCACUUCGCCGACCCCAAGCACCUCGACUCCCUCCUAAUCGGCGUCCGAAAGAUCGUCAAGCUCGCGGCCGAGACAUGGAGACACGCACGCGUCGAGCGCGAGCUCGUCCUCGCCAAUUUCCCCGCCCCGGACGCAGAAAAUAUCUCCAACGAGGGCUGGCUGGAGUACGCUGCCAACAAGGAUCAGAAACACACCCCGUCGAACGAGCCCACGCGCCAUGUCGUGCUACGCACCUUCCCGCGUAUUACGCGUGAGGCUGCUCACGAGGACUUUGCUAGCGAUGAAGAGAAAGCUACCGGAUGUACUUACUCGCAGGGUGUUGUGCUGUACUCUGAUUCGCCAGUCAUUAUGGGUCGGCUUCAGGAGUUUGCGAAGAAGUCUAAUGAUUCUCUGGUCACGGAUUCGCCUCCUAAGACGCCUUUGGCUGUCAAGGCUAUUGAAAAGUUGACGCCGAUUGAUGUUUCCUCUCCGAAGGUUAUGACUGUUCGGUCAGCGCCUACGAGUCCGGGUGCGAAGGGUCAGUUUAUGAGGAUGUGA